UAGAUGUUUCAAUUUAAAAGUGAAAAGUUGAAAGAUUUUUACAAUGUCGGCUUUGGAAAAACAUAAGCUUAAAAAUCAAAAUGCUAAAAUACGUCACAAAUGCGAUUAUUGCGGUAAGAUUCUCCUAACUAAACGAAAUUUGAACAAUCACGUGGAUGGAGUUCAUUUGAAACUAAAGAAAUUUGUUUGCGACGAUUGUGGACAGUCUUUUGUCAUGAAAAAACGUUUGAAUGAUCACGUUAUGAAUGUCCAUCAAAGAAUCAAAAAUUACUCGUGCGACACGUGUAAAAAAGUUUUUGGUUAUGAAAGGAGUUUGGCUAAGCAUAUUGCAACAGUUCAUGAAAAAAUCAAAGAUCAUAAAUGCGAAGAUUGUAACAAGGUUUUUGGAAUAAAGUAUAAUCUUAUGCGACACAUCGAUGUGGUUCAUCUAUUAAUCAAAGAACAUAUAUGCAAAGAAUGUGGAAAGGCUUUUGGUCUUAAACAGGACUUGAAUCGACACAUUGACGCAGCACAUAAAAAAAUCAAAGAACACAAAUGCGGAGAGUGUGACAAGGUUUUUGGAAUAAAGAAUAAUCUUAUGCGACACAUCGAUGUGGUUCAUCUAUUAAUCAAAGAACAUAUAUGCAAAGAAUGUGGAAAGGCUUUUGGUCUUAAACAGGACUUGAAUCGACACAUUGACGCAGUACAUAAAAAAAUCAAAGAUCACAAAUGCGAAGAGUGCGGCAAGUCUUUUGGAAAAAAGCAGACUUUAAUGCAGCACAUAGAUGCAGUUCAUCUGGAACUCAAAGAACAUAUGUGUGAAGAGUGCGGCAGGUCGUUUGGAUUUAGAGAGAGUCUGAUGAGGCACAUAAAUGUAGUUCAUUUGGAACUUAGAGAACAUAAGUGCGGAAAAUGUGAAAAGUCUUUUUGUUAUAAAAGAGACUUAAAUAGACAUAUGAGUAUAGUCCAUGAAAAAAUCAAAGGUCACAAAUGCGAAGAGUGUGGAAAGUCAUUCAGUUAUAAAUGUGAAUUGAAUAAACACACUGCCACAGUUCAUGAAAAAAUAAAAGAUCAUAAAUGCGGAGAGUGUGACAAGGCUUUUGGACGAAAGAGUAGUCUUAUGCGUCACAUCGAUGUGGUUCAUCUAUUAAUCAAUGAACAUAAUAUAUGCAAAGAAUGUGGAAAGUCUUAUGGGUUUAAACAUGCCUUGAAUCGACACAUUGACGCAGUACAUAAAAAAAUCAAAGAUCAUGAAUGUAAAGAGUGUGGAAAGUUUUUUAGUGAUAAAGGUUAUCUGAUGAAGCACAUUGAUACAGUUCAUCUGGAACUCAAAGAACACAUGUGUGAGGAAUGUGGCAAAUCUUUUGGAGUAAAAAGUAAUCUGAUGAAGCACAUUGAUACAGUUCAUCUGGAACUAAAAGAACACAAAUGUGAAGAAUGCGGCAAGUCGUUUGGACAAAAAAAUAAUCUAACAAAGCAUAUAGAUACAGUUCAUCUGGAACUCAAAAAACACAUGUGUAAGGAAUGUGGAAAGGUUUUUGGUUAUAAACGUGAUCUGAUAAAACACAUUAGUACAGCGCAUCUGGAACUUUAAGGACAGAAAUGCGGAGAGC